AUCAUCACAAACGUGUCUGUCACAGUAGCCGAGUUCGAGUGUUUCGAGUGCGAGUGUUCCCCUCCGAAGUGACCAGCUAAAGUAUCCGCAAGAAUGUCUGACAACAGGAAGUUAUUGGCAUUGCUGCAGCGUCCCCUGGAGCCAACGUUCUAUCCGAAGGAUGGUGGAAAAACUGUCAUCGAUCUGCCGGAAAACUAUCACACCGAUCGGUACAAGCCGAUCGGAGAUUCGCUCCAGACGCGUUUCUCGUCCGAUGCCGAGGUGCGCAUUGCGGUGCGUGCAUCCAACUUGCCGGACUUUGCGUUCGCGGAAGCGAUCCCUCGGCGUGGCGACUUUUCGCUCUUCAUCCCUAAACAUCGUCAAAUUGCGGGUGAUUUGAUUAAUUUGUUCAUCAACCAACCGGACGUGGAUACGCUGAUGAGCGCUGGAUCGUAUGCAAGAGAUCGGUUGAAUCCGAUCCUGUUCCAGUACGCGAUGGCCGUAGCGAUUCAGCAUCGGCCGGACACGAAGGAUCUGAACAUUCCCUCGUUUCUGGACCUGUUCCCCGACUCGUUCGUGAAUCCGAGCGUCUUUCCGCAGCUGCGUGAGGAAGGUGCUGUCGUUAACCAGAGGGAUCGCAUAACUGUGGACAUUGCAAUGAACUUUACUGCAUCGGACCGGGAGGAUGAACAGCGGAUGGCAUACUUCCGGGAGGAUAUCGGUGUGAAUCUUCAUCACUGGCACUGGCAUCUGGUGUACCCGGGCGAAGGUCCGAAUAGUGUCGUGAACAAGGAUCGUCGGGGUGAGCUGUUCUACUACAUGCACCAGCAGUUGAUCGCUCGCUACAAUGUGGAUCGGUUCUGUAAUCGGCUGGCUCGUGUGCGUCCUCUGACAAGUUUGAGGGAAGCAUUGCCCGAGGGAUACUUCCCGAAGAUUGUUCGAAGCUUCACUAAUCGAGCGUUCCCGUCGCGUCCUCAGAAUACGAUCCUGAGGGAUUUAAAUCGGAUCGAGGACAACGUUGUUCUUACAAUAAACGAUAUCGAACGAUGGGGAAGUCGUAUAGCGGAGAGCAUCGAUGGUGGAUACGUCGUUGCACCUGGAGGUAAUCGGAUUCCACUGGACGAGCAGACGGGAAUUGAUGUGCUGGGCAACAUUAUGGAACCGUCGGCGCUUUCCGUCAACAGCCAGUACUACGGCAACUAUCACGGGCAUAUGCACAAUCUGAUUGCCUUUAGCCACGAUCCGGAAAAUCGAUUCUUGGAAGGAUACGGUGUGGUGGGCGAGUUCCAGACGGCAAUGCGUGAUCCAGCGUUCUACCGUCUGCACGCCCAGGUGGACAACAUGUUCCAUCGCUACAAGCGCACUCUGCAGCCGUACAAUGCCAACCAGCUCGCGUACGCCGGUGUUCAGAUUCAAACGUUCGGUGUACAGCUGAACCGGGCCAAUGCGCCAGCUAAUGUGCUGCUCACGUACUGGCAGAGGUCGCAGAUCGAUUUGGCUACCGGGCUGGACUUUGGGCCGCAAGGAAAUAUUUUCGCAUCGUUCACGCAUCUUCAACAUGCGCCGUUCACCUAUCGCAUCACCGUUAACAACACCAGUGGAGCGGCUCGUCGUGGAACGUGCCGCAUUUUCAUAGCCCCCAAGGUGGACGAACGUAACACGCCGCUGACCAUGGACGAGCAGCGACUGUUGAUGGUUGAGCUGGAUAAGUUCCGUGUGAACUUAACUCCUGGAACGAACAAUCUGGUACGCCGUUCGGAGCAAUCCAGUGUCACCAUUCCGUACGAGCGAACGUUCCGUUCGAUGGCACUGUCGAACGUUAAUCUGCCGGAAACGGAACAGUUCCGCUUCUGUAACUGUGGCUGGCCGCAUCAUCUGCUGAUUCCGAAGGGUUCGGCCGAGGGCAUGAAGUUCGAUCUGUUCGUAAUGAUCUCGAACUUUGCAGAUGAUACGGUUAACCAGGAGUUCGAUGAGAACGUCAACUGCAAUGAUUCACACUCGUUCUGUGGCAUCCGUGACCAGCUGUAUCCCGACAAGCGCCACAUGGGAUAUCCGUUCGAUCGCCGCAUUCCGACUGCAGUUCGCACACUGGCUGACUUUACGCGUCCCAAUUCGAACAUGACCAACAUUGAAGUGCAAGUGCGCUUCACGAACACGGUGAUCGCCAGAACCUGAAACUGAGACUGCCCGACUUUCUCACCUGAAUCUUUAGCAAGCAAGCCGUCCCAUCGAUCAAGUGUUAUCGUUAAGUUGGAUUUGAAAUUAGGGCAUUUGUGUUCUAGUCUUCGAAUACUGGUUUAAUUUUAACCCGUGGCUGAGGGUCUUGAAAGUGUUGAGGAGGAUACGGAUAAAGGAUCUUUUAACGCAUGAACUACGCCAUUACAGACAAUAACCUAAUAAAGUGUUGCAAUUGAA